ACAAAUUCUCGAUAAUUCAUUCAUGAGGCUCUAUUCAUUCAAAGGCAUUGGCAUUGGAUUCAGAAUGGUGGACAAGUUGAUUAGAUCACUUUUGGCUUUUUCGAUUAUCCAACCCGUCGUUUGGUCAACGGUUUCGAUAACGAAUGGUCUUGGCUGGGGCAAGAGCAUCUUCGCGAGUGAAGAAUGCAGAGAAGAACGACAACCGGUGGUGGAGUCUUACCGCCACGAUGGAAUGCAGUAUCUAUUUUUCUCGCAACGUGUCACAUGGGAGGAAGCCAGAAUGCUCUGCCGAAGCUAUAACUCUCGAUUGGCACUCCUCGAUACGAUGGAGAAGGCAUUGGGUGUGGCACGAUCGAUAGCUGAAUCCAACAUAGUUAUGGAGGACACUUGGCUCGGAGGAAGGAGAAUCGACUUCGUGUGGUACUGGAUUGAUAAGGAAACUGGUCCGUGGAGGAAUGAAAUUUCCAUGGAGCCUAAUGUCGAGGAUUACCCGCCGUGGAGUCGAGAGCCAAUUAGACCGACUAAAGAGUGUCUUGGUAUUGAUCGAAGCUCACACGAACAUCCAAAUUUCAUUGAUAUGGAUUGCAGACUUCAGAGGCCCUUCAUCUGCGAGAAAAACGCAGGAGAGAUUAUCAGCAGUCCCGUUCCAUCAAAAUGGAUUCAGAUCAAUCGGAAUACUUAUGUUUUGUAUCAUGGAAGGGUGACUUGGCCUGAAGCGGCAACAUUUUGCAGGACCAAGGGGGCACGACUUGCCAUCCUCAAAAAUUCUAUGAUCAUUAAUAUUCUCACGAAUAGCAUGACGAAGACUAGGCCAGACUUUGAAUCAGUUUGGAUUGGUGCUUAUCAUUCGUACGGCCAAUGGGUUUGGAUGGCGACGGGAUCAGUUCUCAAUUCCCUGACUGAUGAAGGUGGCUAUCCGCCUUGGAGAUUCGGUCGUCCGGAGAAGAACAACGGAUGCUUAUUACUGGACAGACACAUUGAAGACAACUCCACAUUUGUGGAAGCUGCUUGUGACCGCAAGAGAGACUUCAUCUGCGAAGAAUAUUCAGAUGAUGAAGAAGGCGAUUGGAUGGACGAACCCGCCAAGUUCUCAUACGAGAACAACUCGUACAUUAUCUAUCCAAUUUACAAAACGUGGAUGGAGAGUAGAGAUUUUUGCAAUGAAAGAGGAAGUGUUCUGGCUUAUGUGGAGCAUAUAGACAUUGUCAGUCUGAUUAUUGAAGCAAUGGGGGAUCAUCCGAGAGAAAUUGCCCAUGUGUGGUUGGGGGGAAAAUAUAACAUGACAUUGGACGAGUGGCGGUGGAUAGGAACCGGUGGAAAAAUUCUCCGAGAAAAAGACAAUUCCGGUUUUCCUCCCUGGACUCAUAUUGAUGGAGAAAUCGAAACAGAUUUAGACAGCACCAUUUGUCUAAAUUUGGACAGAACUGACCACGUCAAGCCUCACUUCUACGGACUUGACUGCAGCAGCAAGCAAUCCUUUGUUUGCAAAAUAACAUGCGACAUACCCCCACCGAUAGAGGAUGGCAAGUGGACCUGCAGUGAAGUUAUCGACGGUCGACAAUGUCUCUUGGACUGCGACAAUGGUCUGAUCAUGACAGGAAUUAAGAAUGUUACCUGCACGUUUCAAAACGGCUGGACAUCUGGAAAUAAUCCGAUGGAAUUUCCACUGUGUCUGCAACCAAAAGCGUUCGCCACAAGAAUGAUAAGAUCUCUAAGUCAAGACAUCCAAAAGAGCUCUGGAUAUUAUCUCCUGUUGGAUCAUUCAUCAUCCGGAUUGAAGCCUAUUCUCAUGGAAUUCAUUGAACGCAUCGUUACCUCAUUUCCAGCCUCAAGGAAUUUGAAGUUUGGAAUGACAACAUACCUGACCAAUCCUCCAACUCAUUUGCCAUUCAAUCAGACAGACAAGUGCGCAGUGAUUUCAGCAAUUCGAUCAUUGCAAAACAAUGCGCUUGACACUAAACCCGCAGCUGUAAACAUCAGUACAAUUCAAAAAGACAUUUCGAUUUACAACGGCCGCAGAAUAUCGAUAAUUGCGGUAAUGGAUUCAAAGCGUGGAGCUGCUUACGCAGAUGCUCUCAUGCAAUUUAAAGCAGUGGGGCAUCACAUUAUUGUUGUUGCACUCAGGGAGGACGCUGAGGCACUCCUACCUUUAGCAACCAUUGGUUUCGAUAGGAGAAUUAAUUUGUUUUUGUUCGAAGAGGCUGAACUAGCAGCUGUCGCAAACGAGAUCAAGAGGCACGAGAGAAAACGAUCUAGAUGCUCGGACAAUACUAAAACUGACUCAACGACAGUGGGAAUCAACAUUCCUACAGUCGAAUACCACGGAAUUACCGAAACGAAUCGAUACGAUACGAUUCCAUCAGAAUCAAAGGAGGAAUCCUCAUCACUCGCCCCUAAUCUAAAAACCGAGGAGCCAGAAGACGAUACCUGGAAGUUGGUACCUCAUAAUCCCUUGACAGAGUCAACAGCGAAACGUGAAACUGAGUUCGAUGAGGAAGAAGAGUCCUAACUCUCUCAAUGAUUAUUUUCUUUGGCACUUUAUUAACGUAACAAAGUACGAAGCUAUGUACAAUAAUCUUAGAGUAAUAUGGCGUGUCAAAUUGCAAAUCUUAAACAAUAAAAAAUGCCGCAAAGAGAAUGACACGUCGAGGUUUGUAUGGUGAGGUGUGAGAG